AUGACUUCGAAAACGUCCCUGUGUUUUGAGAUUUUACUUGUUUUUGUUCGUGUAUACACGGCCUCUACCUCGCGCCAAGAAGAAAUCGGAUUUUUCACGAUUGAAGAGAGAUUUCGUCAAGAUGUGCUUGAGGACUCUUCAAAGGCUUUGGGCCCUUACGGUGGCUCCUCGGGAGAUUGGUUCAGUGAUUUUGGACCAUCUCUGUAUGGCCCCAUUUCAAGUAUUUUAAUACGGCACGGAGGUAUAAUCGACGGAAUCCAGUUCAUCUAUGGCGACAAUACGGAAGGGACCUUCGCUGGAGGACUAGGUGGAAAUGCUGAAACAUUGGUAUUAAACACAGACGAGUACAUACACAAGAUUCGCAUCGGUAUGGAUCAAGGGUCAGAGUAUGUUGGUCAGCUGUACUUCACCACGAACAAACACACCUACGGUCCAUAUGGAAUGCAGAACACGACAUUGUGGGACGUGGAGCACGGAGGGCAACCCCUGAUGUACGUGUCUGGAAGAUACAGCAGUUAUCUGAACGCCUUGACAUUUCACUGGAAAGACUUGUAG